CCGUUAGACGCGAGUGUCAGAUGGCAGACUAGCGUGACGUUUGAUGUAUACACAGUUGUUGUUGUUUUCCGACUUUAAUGAACGGAAUUAAAUAGUGAAAUUGCCGGCAAAAAGGAACAAAAGUGCGGCCUAGUGGACAUGGAGCAUUUCUUGCAGCCGACGGCGAAGCAAUUCACGUAACUCGUUUCAGUGCCGGUGAAAAUUUACGUCCCAACCAUGGUGCCGAUACCAGCCGAAUACAUGCCAGAUUUCUGGAAAGAGAUCGCAUCCGAAUGCUCGACGGUGGAAUUGACCUGCCUGAUGCCCAACGGGAUCAUUGUAUUGCUCACGGUCAACUACAAUGCCACCCUGGCGGCCAUCAAAGAGGACUUGUGGGACAAGGCCGAGAGGUUUCCCCUCUAUGGAAAACUGCAGACGGAUAUGUCGAAGUACCUCUUCAAGGUGGUCAAUGCCAUGGCGGAGGAGGAGGAGUUGAACGAUGAGUCGCGCAGACUGUGCGAUAUCCGGCCCACUGGCGGCGUCCUGAUCAUAUCCGAGUGCAAGCUGAACUCGGCCGACCACUCGGUCAAUGUAAUCAUCGGCAAUCUCAUCGGAAAAGGGCUACAGGAUUUCGACGCCUUCAACAGCUCCGAGAUCAACGAGUUCCGGUUCAACAUGCGACAGUUGGGCGAGCGCAUAGUGGAGACCCGGAACCAGGGCAGCACCCAGGAAAUACUGUUCUACCAGUUCCCACCCCGCAUCUCGGAAAACGACGACAGUUCGAUGCGUGACUUGUCUCGCAUGCGAGUGGCUAUCAAAUGCGACAACGAGUACAAGAACGUCGUGGAAAGCGACGAGUUCGGCGCCAAUCAAGAUACUCUGCACACGUCGUUCCAGUUCGAGGUGCCGCCCACUUUCACGCCCGAAGAACUCCUGGAGCGCAUCCUGGCCAAGAAGGCGCAACUGCUGAAGAUCAGCAACGAAAGAGUGCAGGAUUAUGUGCUGAAAGUGUGCGGCCGGGACGAGUACCUGCUUGGCGGCUACAAGCUGUGCGAGUACCAGUACGUGGAAGACUGUUUGUCGCUGUGUGCGACCCCCACGUUGGUCACAGUGCACAUUGACCGGAUACCCGUGGUGCGUAGCGACUACGGCUACCUGCACAUCAAGCCGCGCACGGAUUCCAGCUCGGGCAAGACGCUGGGCAAGAAGAAGAACCCCAAAGCGCCGCCCCAGUCCUCGUGGACAAUCCCCGACAACUAUGUGAUCACUCUGAGCACCGCCAGCAAAGUGAACUGCGACACCAAGCGCGCCUCUGAGAUCGUUAUUCAAGUGGGCCUGUUUCACGGCGGCAAGCCCUUGUGCCAGGCCGUGCGGACUGAAGAGCAGGCGGUGUCCGAACGAGGCGAAGUGGAUUUUGAAACGGCCAUCGAGUUCGACAUCCAGGUCUGCAACAUCCCACGCAACGCCAAACUGUGCUUUGCCCUGUGCGAGAUAAACCGACUCGUUAAGGGGACCAAGUCGCGCAAACCCAAAGAGCCAAAGGACAACCAACUGAACCCGAUCGCGUGGGCCAACAUGUCCGUCUACGACUACAAAGGCCAGUUACGGACUGGCGCCAUGACCCUCUACAUGUGGACAUACGCCGAAGACGUCAUGUCCGAUGAGGUGCUUCAUCCGCUGGGCACCACAGUGAGCAACCCCAACACGGGCUACGCCACUGCUUUGACCUUGGUGUUUCGAAGCUUUUCCGAAGAGAAAGUCAUCGUCUACCCGAGCAAUGACGAGGUGCUCAAGUACGCCAACAGCUUGGAGGAGCAGCCCAUGGAGCCUCUAGACCAGGAGACCAAGGAGAAUCACCGCAAGCUGAUGAACGACCUGGAGAACUUGUACGACAUCCACGAUCAGGAUCGAAAGAACAUGUGGCGACACCGCCGCUACUGGAUGAUGCACAUGCCCGACAUUUUCCCCAAGUUGCUGUCUUGCAUCGACUGGGACAAGCGCGAAGAGGUCAGCCAGGCCAUUGCUUUGCUGGAAGAGUGGCCGAUGUUGCCGGUAGAAAAGUCCUUGGAGCUCCUGGACUAUGCCUAUGCGGACCCGCAGGUGCGCCGCUUUGCCGUGCUCAAGUGUCUCAGACACGUCUGCGACGAAGAUCUGCUGCUCUACCUGCUGCAACUGGUCCAAGCCAUCAAGCACGAGCUGUACCAUGAGUGCGAUUUGGUCAAGUUCCUGAUCGAGCGGGCUCUCAGCAACCAAAGAAUCGGCCAUUUUCUCUUCUGGCAUCUGCGGUCCGAGAUGCAAGUGCCAUCAGUAUCAGUGCGGUUCGGGCUGAUUCUGGAGGCGUACUGUAGGGGCAGCCAGGAGCACAUACCGAUUCUGCAGCGACAGCUGAAGGCCGUGGAGAAUCUGAAAAAAGGCACUGAGGUGGUGCGGAGCGUGCAGAGCAAGGAGAAGGCCAAGACGGCGCUCAAGCGAUACCUGAGCAGCGUCGGCGAAGAGAUGGUGCGCAGCCCCUUGGAGCCCAGCUACCGGUGCAGCCGGAUCAAAGUCCAGGACUGUAGCGUGAUGGACAGCAAGAUGCGCCCGCUCUGGAUCGUAUACGAGAACUCCGACCGCUACGGUGAGGAUGUUUACAUAAUCUUCAAGAACGGAGACGAUCUGCGACAGGACAUGCUCACUCUGCAAAUGCUCAAAAUCAUGGACCGACUUUGGAAGCGCGAAGGACUCGAUCUGAAGAUGAACCCAUACAAUUGCAUUUCAUUGGAGCACCGAGUGGGCAUGAUCGAGGUGGUGCUGAACGCCGAAACAAUCGCCAACAUUCAGAAGGAGAAGAACAGCGCCGUUGUUGCCAACUUGUACAAACAUUCCAAGAAGGACUCCAUCCUGGCUUGGCUGAAGGACUACAACACGACUGAGAGGGCGCUGUCCAAGGCCAUUGAAGAGUUCACGUUGUCCUGUGCCGGCUACUGCGUGGCCACAUACGUGCUGGGCAUCGCCGAUCGACACUCGGAUAACAUCAUGAUAAAGAAGAGCGGCCAGCUUUUCCACAUCGACUUUGGCCACAUUCUCGGCCACUUCAAGGAGAAGUUCGGCAUUAAACGGGAGCGCGUCCCCUUUGUGCUCACCUACGACUUUGUCUACGUGAUCAACAAGGGCCAGGACAAGUCCAGCAGUGCAUUGGAGUUCAAGAUAUUCCAGGACUGGUGCGAACGGGCCUUUAUGAUCUUGCGCAAGCACGGCAACUUGAUCCUUUCCCUCUUUGCAAUGAUGAUCUCCACGGGCCUGCCGGAGCUCAGCUGCGAGAAGGACCUGCAAUACUUAAGGGAAACGCUGGUGUUGAGCAAAACCGACGCGGAGGCUUUGGAACAUUUCAAGACCAAGUUUGACGAAGCCCUUUCAAACUCGUGGAAAACGUCCCUGAACUGGGCGGGGCACAACUUCUCCAAGAACAACAAGCCGUAAUCGGCCCCAUUUUGUACAUAUUUAGGUUGUAAGAGUGAUAAAGAGCGAUGUGCCAA